UUUUGGAAAGCCAUUCAAUUCACAUUCUUUAGUCAUUCACUCGAGCUUGUUUGAUAGUAUCAAUACAGCAGCAUACUAUUUAGCUUAUAGUGCAUUGGAAUUUACUAAAGCAUGACUACUAGUAUCUUGCCACCCGAAGUCUUGUUGAUAGUCUUGAUUUAUACCUCACCGCAAACAGUGUGUCGGUUUGAACAAACCUGCCAGGCAUCUUACCAGCUAGUCAGCGCGCAUGACACUUUUGUAUGGCAGGCCUUGCUUUUUACAGAAAUCCACAGACAGUUGGUUUUCUGCAGGUAUGUCGUUUUGUCAAUAUCGCAGUUAUUUAAGCAUCGUAUUGGAUAGGAUUUAGUCAAUAGCAAUCCAAUUUCAUUGUAAUGGCAAACUUUAUAGCACUGUUAUUGUGCCGAUUUAUGUUUGGUGUUAAACAUGCACUAUUCCAUACUGUGUUGAUGCAGUUGAUUAAACUAUUUUGUCUUUUAAAUCAGGUUUUCAUUAUUAGAUGAAUCCAAAAUGACCACGGCUUUUACAUUCACUGAACAAAAUGGCUCGAGUCAAUCACCUGAAGUGAUUUUUAAGCAACAGUUGCUUCAUAGUUUGGCAAAAGGAGAAACUUGGAGAGAUAUUGUACAUAUGUGGGUAUCAUGGAGUCAUUACCGUCUAGAGGCUCUACAGGUUGGGAAUAACUGUGCAAUAAUAUCUCCAUUGAAUAGCAGUACUUUAAACAAUGGUAUUGGACAGAAUGCAACUUUUAAUAUCAGUCCAACUGCUCUCCAGCCUAUGGAAUCGCGUUCAUCUGUCAAGUCUUUUGAAGCAUCUCAAGAUACUACAACUUCAGAUACCGAUCAUGUAGGAUCAGAUAGUAAAAAAAAGCCAUUGUUACUGCUUUCUUCAUUAGUGCCGACUCUACCAUUAACCAACUCCAAACCCCGCUUUAAUCCCGAGCCUUCUCGUCCAUUGCCCAUUCCAAAUGCAAUCUCGCCAAUGCCAGUUGCAUUCCAGCAAGUCAAAAUAGCAAGAAUUGGCACUGGAACAAUCAGCCUGCCCACUCUUUUGUCAGAAAAUUAUGCUGGUUCUUCUCAAAGCAUUCCCAGACAACAUCUAUGGUUUGAUAACGGAGGCCAAAUUAUGCGAGGUUUAGACGUUUCUCCUGGAACAUCUCCUAGUCAGUCAUUUCAAAUGGGAUCACCCAUGGCAUUUCAAUCCCCCUCACUCCCCUCGUCAAAUUUUGAUGCAUCUUUUCCUUCGUUUCGUGUUAUGCAACCACUUCGACCAGCAGGCGUAUCGGUUCAACUUCUUCAUCAGUCGCGAUCCGAUCUUUUGAUUUUACAAGAAAUUGUUCCCGGACAGAAAUUAGUUACUAUCAGGAUAUGGGAUCCAAGAUUGCAUCCAAAUGGUCCAUGGCUAGCAUCCGACUUACUUGGGCCAACACUUCCUUUGGGAAUGGUGGUACCACCACAAACCAUUACAGAUGGAAACAACCAUGAACGCGUCAAAGGUAUAUGGAUACUUUCCUCUCAGGCAUCUGGAGCAUCAUUGUGUGGACGAACAUUGGUUUGCAAAUCUAUAGCAAGUGAGUUUGACGAGUCGAGUCCAUUUCCCAGAGUGCAGGGUGUUGUCUGUUGGCACUUGGAUGAUGCAAACGAGAACGGGAUAUACCAAGACGAUAGUUUUGAACUGAUUCAACGCAGCAUUUCUACUGAACUUGAACAACGCAGACAAGAGUCCACAGCAUUCAAUUCGACACCUCCCUCCCCAUUUUUAUCACCUUUCAAGUCAAGUAGGAUAUUACCAUCCCCAAUGCGAAAAGUGUGGCAGCGAGAUAUAACCUUUGGAUUGAUACAAGGCAUUGUUUGCAACGAAUUAGUAGUAGCGGUACGUAUUCUUUCGCUACCAAAUCAAGCCAAUGAGCUAGCUGAUCAAACGCACAAUCCAGCUCUUGUUCAAUUAUGGUACAUUGGAAACGGAUCGUUAUUGGCUGAUAUUACAAGUGAUAUUCCCAGUUCAUUCAUGCGAGGUUCAGGUAUUUUUCAUCUCCUUCUCACUCGACUUCAUCUGGUUUUGUAUACAACCGAUAUUUUGGCAGUAUUUGAUGUAAUUCGGAGCGUUCAAAUAUUUUCUAACCAGACAAACCUUGAUCGUAAAGCCCCAAUUCAUGCAUUGACUCAACCGUAUCGCCCAUUUGUUAAUACAACAACUGCAAUAUCAGGUCUCUGUUCCAUUUCAAAAAUUCCUUUUGUGGGUCGCAACGUUCGAAUUGAUAUCAGCAACGAUGCAUCCACAGUUGUCAUUGCUCCGGCCGAGCAAAGAGGAGAAGUUAUUAUUUUAGAUAUGAAGCGAAACACGUGUACAACGUAUUUACUAAACGAUGGGUUCUUGGAAGGUGCGCAUUCAAGGAAUGGAUCAAUGUUGGGACGUAGUGUUGGUGUAUGGUUGGUGUCAGAUAUGCUGAAUGCAAUCGAAGUUGAUGGACGAAGACGGCAUGUUUUACCGCACUUGGGAGGGUCCCCACAGCGCAAUUUAUCUGUUGCUUGGCAAAGUAUUCCUAUAUAAAUCCAUGUUUAAUCAAAAACCCCAAAACUCGACCAAUAAACCCAAGAUUAAUAGAUGAUCUCGCUUGGCCCAAAAUUAUACAUGUGCAGUAAAAUCCACAACUUGAAUAAAGUCCCUUUAUUAAAAUAAAAAAAUCUAUAGUUCAAUAUAGAUGGGUCUUGCCACUCAAUAAUCGCGAGACUUUUGAAA